CAGGAGUGUGGUGAUGAGAGGGGCCUAGUGCAGAGGCAGUCUGAAAACACGUACACAUCCCGACUGGCCCUACAGCACAGGCUCUCUCACCGAGCACACUUUGUAGCGCUCAGGCAGCAGUGCCACGCAAGAAGAGACGCCCGCUGAGUCGAUUUUCGGAGCGACCUUGGAGAGAAAGGGAAAGUCAAAACAAAGACAACCGCCAUAACCAUCAGAAGAAACUCUCAAACUGAAGAAGGAAUAGCUUAGCAACAGACUCCCACUUCCUGAGGUGCAAAGGAUCAAGCUCCUAACACCAUGGAUAUGGACACGCAGCCACAAGGACAGCAAGCAGCCGUGCCGGUCUUUCAACCCCAGAAACCGUUGCAACCAGAUAUGGGCCAUAACUCACUGGCAAACUUUCAGAUUGAGAAGAAGAUUGGACGUGGCCAGUUCAGUGAGGUGUACCGGGCGAGGUACCUGUUAGACAACACGUCAGUGGCCCUGAAGAAAGUCCAGAUAUUUGACUUGAUGGAUGCCAAAGCUAGGCAAGAUUGCAUCAAAGAGAUAGAUCUCCUUAAGCAAUUGAACCACCCCAAUGUGAUAAAGUACCAUGCGUCGUUUAUUGAGGACAAUGAGCUGAACAUAGUCCUAGAGCUAGCGGAUGCAGGGGACCUCUCGCGUAUGAUCAAGCACUUUAAGAAGCAGAGGAGGCUUAUCCCAGAGAGAACAGUGUGGAAGUACUUCGUCCAGCUCUGCAGUGCGCUCGAACACAUGCACUCCCGAAGAGUCAUGCACAGAGAUAUCAAGCCAGCCAAUGUAUUCAUCACAGCUACAGGAGUAGUGAAACUAGGAGACUUGGGACUAGGACGAUUCUUCAGCUCCAAAACAACCGCCGCUCACUCGCUAGUGGGUACUCCUUACUACAUGUCACCGGAGAGGAUACAUGAAAACGGAUACAACUUCAAAUCUGACAUCUGGUCGCUAGGAUGCCUGCUCUACGAGAUGGCAGCCCUACAGAGUCCGUUCUAUGGGGAUAAGAUGAACCUUUACUCCCUUUGUAAGAAGAUAGAACAGUGUGACUACCCACCUCUUCCCUCAGAUCACUACUCAGAGGAGCUGAGGAACUUGGUAGAUAUGUGCAUCAACCCUGACCCGGAGAAGAGGCCGGACAUCACCUACGUGUACGACAUUGCCAAACACAUGCAGAACAUGACACAGGGCAGCUAAGCCCAGAGUUACGCACACCAUAGCUUGCAGAACUCCUCCCCACUUCCCUCCUUGCUCUUCAUGCUGGACUCGCACACAUCUAUCAGCUUUUAUACAAUAACUAACUCCAGAGUUUAGCUCCUUGUGAUAAGUAGUACCUGUAACAGAUUUGUAUUUUCAAGGCGAUGGUACGGUCUAUAACAUGACUUACACACAGACCUUUUCUGCCCUAGGAUAAAGAUUAUAGAGAUUCUACUUUUUUGUCGAUCGACCUCCCAUUCCUUAGACUUCAAUAAUAUUACAGCACUGAAAAUCAAUGUAUUGUAACUCACUGAUGUGUUUGUAUGGCUUUAAAACCUCCUCUGUAUUUCCAUGUAGUUAAGUAAAGCAGCAGCUGCUAUGAGCUGAUGCUUUUUAAAGCAGAUAUUUUGGAAAAUUAGUUAAAAAUGGCUUAAUGUUCCCUAUUCCUAAAACAGUUACUGCAAAUAUCUUUAAAAACGACCUCGUAGGACCUGUAAGACCAUGAAAACAUUGAGAAGAGUAAAGCUGGAAUGAAGCGAUUUUUACCCAAUGGCAGCAAAACUGAGAGGCAUAAUAGAGUGUUAUUGAUGGUUGAAGCGUUGUUGUGUUGCACUUUGUACCCUGGUACUAGAAGGCUGGCAGGGUGAUCAUCUCUAAUGAAUGUAUUAGGAAAGGAAGGAUCAUUUAGAGGGUAGAUGAGAGACAUGCUGGGGGGAGAACAUGAGCAAAUGUCUCCACAACACUUUGAAUGUAAGUCAUUUUCACACCUAUGUAUUGUCUUUGAAAAAAUCAGAACGUGUCUUUUUUGACAGCCUAGAAGGAGAUGCAGAAGCUGUAUCAAAAGCAGUUUUAUGUCUGCUGUUUACCUUAGUCACUUACACCAAAAACAUUUCCUCCUUGGUUCAACUUAAGCAAAGCAUACUGCUAUUACACAUUGUGAGGUUUUUUAAGACGGUAAACUCACAAUGAAGACAUGAAAAAAAUCAACAGGCAUAGUUCUCAUCAUGGUCCAGUGGGUGCAUUUGCCCCACCAGAACGGUGGUCUGUGUGGACAGAAAGUUGUGAUUGUUAAUGUUGCAGUGUCAGUUUGCAGUGUAGUUGUCUUGUUAAGUAACAAAUAUGUUGAAGAGGUUGCAGAUCCUCGCCUUGUGUAGCCGUCCACGUUCUGAGUGAAUCAGUGUAACUACCUAACUUACGUCCUCAGCUGAGACACCAAAGAGAAAAAAUCACACACAGAGAGCAAUUUAUGUAAAAAGAUUACGAAAAGUGUAUCAAAGACUUGUACUGAAAAAAAAACAAACAAACCAAGCACCAGUGGGACUCAUUUUGUUUUACUGUACAUAGCGAAUAAGUUCCUGUAGUUUUAAUACUGUAGGUUUUAUUGACCCUUCAUUUGGAGAUAUAUAUAUUAUUUUUACAGUGAACAGGUUUACAACAGUGGGUCACAAAUGACCAGCACUGACUACCACUGGUUUACAACAUGAAAGGUAUAGUAAGUAAACAAUGAUUGAUAACGCUUUAUGUCAGUGUCUUAUAAAUUCUCUUUAUACAUUAUCAAAUAGCCUGUUAAGCAUUCAUUCAAGUUAUUGUACAUGUACACCCAUGUUUCUCAUAUGUUUUAAUUAACAUUCAGUAACGUGUUAUAUACAAAAUCAAAACUUAUAGGUGCAGGCAAAUGUAAGUUAUUUUGUUUUGUUCAGCAGAAUAUUUUGAUAGUGUGUUGAUAGUAGUCAUUUGUCACAGUUGCAAAUACAGUGUUUGCAGUUUUUGUUUGCAGUUGUACGCCUUUUCCUUGUUGUUGUUCCUUUAUAUAGCUGUUCUCUGUCACUCCAGUAAAAUAGUUUCCAUUUCAGAAAUUAUUUUAAUUAUGAAAAUUUUCAUCAACUCACCCACAGUGCUGUUCAUCUUCUGUCUCUAUGCUGUCUUAACGAGAUUGUCUGUAUAGCACCUAAACCUUUUUGUUUUAUUUUCAAGCACUUUGUAGAUAUUCAGUUUUGAUGCUAUACAGAACUCCCUGAAGAAAUUGGCAGUAUUCAACAGCAAAAUUCCUAAAAUGCAGAUUCUUUCGUAUUGGCUCGAAAGAUCCAUUUACAUUGAUGUCCUUUCACGACGCCAUAGACAGUUAAAAGGAAGACAGCCCAGAAAAUAGAAUAGACAUUGAAUGCCUGUUAUUCUUAUCAUUCUUAUCAAAUGAUGUCAGAAGACAUUGCAGUAUAUCUUAGUGUUGUCUUACUUUUGAAACCAAAUGCAUAUAUUUUGCUUUUAUCCGUCACCUUGUUAGUUAAGAACAUGCAGUGCGAAGUCAGGGUGCAUUGCCUGAAAUAUAUACUUGUGCAGUAACAGUUCUGCACGUUUACACACAGAAAGGAGAUCCAGGUUUGUUUGUUUUUUUAACUCCUCACUGGGGGGUUGUUAAUGACAUACACAGUGCUAAGUCACUUUAACGAUUAGGGCCAUUUCUUGGUAGGGAACGUUUUUUUGUCUUUAUGUAACAUAUAACAUUGCUCUUGUGUGUCAAGUAUUGAAGAGUCAAGGGGUUUUCCAGAAAAUAAAAUAUUGGAAUUAGUAUUUAUUGUUUUGGUAGUUUGGUUGUUUUCUGAACAUUUCAUGUCAAAGACCCUCACCACAAACGCCUUGUAUGCUAACCGAAUGCAAUAAAACUUUCAAAUUUC